CCCUCGACGCUACACCCACUACGACAUAUUCUUUUUUCUCCACCCCCGGCUAUGAAUACCGCGUUCAACGCCGCCUUUGUGCGGGCCGGGUGUUCGGAGGCUGUGAGGCGGAACUUCGUGUUGCGGCGCAUCGUCGAGCACUUGGACCCAAAGCACCUGCCGCACAUUGGAGCGGAUGUGUUCCUGGACUUCCUCGAAGAUAACAUGAACGAGGACGACCUGGAGCUGCUCGAAGAAGCCAUGGCCUCAAUGGCAGACGCAGACGACACUUCUCGCGCCCUCAAGGAGCUGUUUGCGACACCGCCUCUCUCAGACGACCUGCUGGACGACUACGGAAACGUCGCACUUGAUCGCAGAGUGACGCUGGCCCCAGCACACCCACACCCACAGCAACACGAACAACAACAGCAACAGCGGCAGCAGCCUCAGUCGACCAGCGCCGCCAGCAGCUGUGCCAAGACCUCUACGACCAUUCCCAUCGACGAGUUGGCUGGACGCCUAACGCAACUCGCCCACGACAGGGAGUGGUGCCGCCGUGUCAAAUGGAUUGACUUGAGCGGGAACCGGCUAGGGGACGAAGGCCCAGCCGCGUACAAGGCCGCGCUCCUGCCGACACUCCGGCGUAUUCGCGACGUGCAACAGCCGCCAGCGACGGGGGCGGCGCUGACGAUAGGUGGGCCUGGGGUGGUGGUGACUCUCGCACACAACGAUCUCCGUGGUGCGGAAGCGCGGGACCUGGUUCUCGGCAUUGCUGCGGAGCCGGUUGUGAAGGCCGUGGACGUGCGAUUUACGGCACUCGUGCCGGACAACACCUUCAUGGACGAGGUGCAGCAGAGCGGGCUGAGUGGGAAAGUCAUCUGCAAGGAUACUGACGCAGCAUUCAACAGCGUGUUGGCUGAACGCGAGCACCCCGUUCGCGUGGCGCUCAAGGCCUUGAAAGCCGCAGCACAACACAUCGUGCCGACCUCAUCGUCAGACCUAACCCUUGGCCACGCAGCCAGUGCCCAGAAAUGAGACGAGGCCAUCACCGAGAAGACCCUGAUGGCCAGAGCAGCACGCACGCAUGAUGUCUAAUUCUCUCUAAUCGCCGACUACAUGAAAGCACACACACACACACACACACACAUACACACACACACACACAACACACACAACACACACACACACACACAACACACACACAACACACACACGCUACCUCUCCAUGCAACACAAGCUUGCUUGCUUGCGUCGUUUGCUCGUUCUUUGUACUUGUAGAGAACUCAUUACACCAUCGCGCAUGCACAACCUCAAGCACAAC